AUGGCCGACUCAGACGUUGAGAUGAUACCCACAAGGCGAGCCGGCGCUGGGAGCAACGACAACCAACCCGCUCAAAAAGACAGUGACUGGGUACGCUUGCAGAGCACGGACGGGUUCUGCUACCUCGUGCCACGGAAGGUGGCGAAUAUGAGCGGGACGAUACGGAACAUGCUGGACCCAACGGGUGGAUAUGCAGAAGCUCAGAGUCGCAUUUGUGAGAUACGUGAGAGAGGAAUCAUCUUGGAGAAGUUGGUUGAGUACAUGAGCUUCAAGGCUCAUCACGAGUCCAUCGGGACCAAGGAAGAGGUCCCAGUGAAGGAGAUGUUGGAUCGUAUACCGCCGGAAAUUGUACUGGAACUAUUGCUAGCAGCAGACUAUCAAGAAAUGUAA